UAUGAGGAAACAAAGUUAGGAGGUGCAUACUUGUAUAGGUGUGCUAGAAUUUAAUGGGAAAAAAGUUGGAAAAAGGGGCAGAUAUUUCAUGUAUCACGAUUUUGUUUCCUCAUGUGUUUUAAUGGCAUAGACUACAACUAUAUUGUAAAAAAAAAAAAAAACUUUCGAGGUCUGUUCAACCAUUUGCCUUCUGGAAUUUGUGGUAUGAAUAUUUUCUAAUAAAAUCCUGGUUAGACAAGUAGACAACAUUCUGAUGGGUGACACUACCAGGAAGAUAAGAACCAUGACACAAGUGGUAUACCAGAUCAUGGAGAUCAUAGAAUUCUGCUUCUUGGCAAUGACUUAUUUAAUAAGCAGAAGUAAUAGCUUCGAAAUAAUUCCAAAUGGAACAGCUUGGUUAGGUGAAAGCAUCGCUCUUAGUACUUCAGAAAUUCCAGAUAUGAAAAGACCUAUAGUCUGGCGAAGCAAAAAUUAUAAAUAUGAAUGUGAUAGGACAUGUGCCAGUGGAGAAUAUACAGUUACUCAGGAUGGUAAUACUUCAACUCUUACAAUCAAAAGCAUAUCUUGGGAAUUCUCAAAGUGGUCUUUUACGGACGAUAACUUAAAUGGUGCAAAACUUGAACUGGACAUAAAAGUGAAACCAAAGUUGGAGAUCAAGGUAAUAAGAAAUUGUAUAUACAAUGUAACAGCACAAUGUUCUUUACCUGCGACACGUAUAGAAUGUUACCUUAGAAAGAUUCCUACUGAAUUUAUUGCAAUCCAAAGAAAUACAUGUCCUGAUGGGAAAACUGUCACCAAUGAUGUUAUACUAAAUGUUAGUUCUUCAGCUACUGGAAAAGUGGAAUGUAUUUUCACUAUGAAAGAUUUAUUCAAGGAGAAACGAUUUAUAGACUUUCAAUGUGCUGCUUCACCAGGAGUAAAAACUGAUGAUGAUACUGACUCAGGGUUUUACAUAUUCAGACCAUGCACAAACCUUCUCCUGGGAAUCAUAAUUGCUCUAAUCAUAUUCAAGAAUUAAAAAGUAGCAGGAAGAAUCUAA